CCAUCAGUGUGUACUUGAACUCGUCACUCUCCUGGUACGCUCAUUGACCACACAGCCAGUCCACCACAGUGUGGAGUCAGCACCUCUUGGUGAACUUUUUAUGAACUCCACCAGAUGGCAGACGCUGCACAUGAGUGGUCAGCAUCCAGCGGCUUUAUCUAGCUCUGCUUGCGCUUCGAACUGCUGCUGUCGGUGUGAGAGUCGUGUGUGUUUGUGGUUGUUGUUGUUGAUGGUCAGCGUGAUGAAGGCUGACUGCUUCUUCACAAAUGAGAACAUGAGCAUUCCACUGUCUCAUGCACCUCACAUCAUUUUUAAAGUGGAAAAAAAAGGCGUCGUACAGCAGGGGUAGGGAACCUGUGGCCCAGUUGUGGCUCUUUUGAUGACUGCGUGUGGCCCUCAGACAUUUCUUAACACAAUAUUGUCUUUUUUGUCCACUGACAUACUCAAGUGAAACAUGACAGAAAUCACCUUUAAAAUCUAACAAUUCUUCCGCAUGUUCGUCCAUCCCUCCAUUUUCUAGCACAAUGUGGGCGACCAGAUCCAAUGGCAGCUGUCCUGACCGUAGUUUACGGGUCAGACACCAAAACUUGAUUAUUUACUGGAUGAUUGAGAGGUCAAGAAGUAAACUUCCCUUCUUGAAUCGAAUGAUCAGCUAGCUGGUUCUGCAGAGCUAACCCUGUUGAUGAAGAAGAUGGCAAAAAGAAAGAAAGAUGGGGAGUACGGUGCAAAACCAUGCAGCACCACAACUAUUUUAUUUGUUAUUCUUAUCUUACAUGUGGAAUCAUCUCCUCCCGGAUGGAGCGGAAGAUCCGAGACACGCUAACGCUAACACAGCGCAAAUGGGUCGGCAGAGGAACUCCUGAUGUCCAAACCGCUCGGCCACUUCCUCAUCAGAGUCAGCGAGAGCAGAGUUGGCUACACGCUGUCCUAUCGCGCUGAGGGGCGCUGCAGACAUUUCAUGAUAGACGCAAAGGAGGAUGGCUCCUACGGCAUCGUGGGUGAGGGCAGGUGUCACCUGAGUCUGCAGCAGCUGGUGGACUAUCACAGGAAGAUUCCCAUCACGCCUUACAAAGAGCUGCUGACUGCCUCCUGUGGACAGACCUCACAUGGUGCCAGCAAGGUGGAGAAGAAGACGUCAGAAGAACUCAGCCCUCCUGAAGAAGAACGGAACAGCCACACGCCUCCAGACACGCCUGUUCCAAAGACCAGGAAGAGAUACAGCACUGACGUCAAUCCGCUUCCUCCCCCCAACGCGGAGACAGACCCCGCACCUUCCUGCCAGGACCACCCCAGCACAACCCCACCCGACAGGAGCCCGCAGAUGAAACCAGAGAGCGAGGAGAUGACGUGGGAGCAGCUCUUCGAUGCGGUGCUCCGUCCUUACAUGGAGGAGAGUGAACGACUACCCCAGGAGUACUCGCCGCCCCCUCCCUUUGCCCCAGGUUACCGCAAAGGAGGCCCAUGAAUGACUAAGACCAUCAAUAAGUGAAUGUUACCUAACCUUCAAAAUGUGAACCAACAGCACCUCUAAUGGGAAGCACACGCUAGAACGAGCAAACAAAACACCUUCCACUGACGACACGUGACUCCUUAUGUUCAACGCCUUCCGUUGUCAUACGUAGUUGAUCAUUUAAGCAACGCCACAGCACCACAUUGGAGACGCUUUCAGACCUACCAGGGGCUGAAAUGCUGGAGGUGAUAUUACACCGACCCUCGGGUUUUAGGAUUUUAUUACUAACUAUAAAAUAAAGUCAAUUAGGAGCACAGAGUACAACGCUACACUGGCAAAAUUCAAUAAGUAGAAGUAUGUUCAAAUGUGAAAUCAAAGUACAUUUUAUGGCCUUGUUUUUCAGGACGUUUAUAUUUAUUUCAUAUCUAGUUAGGGCAAGGUCGACAUUAUUUCUAUAGCAUGCAUUAAGAAGGCCGCUACUGGCCAACGUACUCUACAAGAGUAACCAAACACUAUGGCAGUAACAACAGCAUAAUAGGUACAAACAUUACACAAGUAAGAGUUCCAAAACCCAAGCAAACAAUAAAAAAUGGAUAAAAAAAGCAAUAAAAAUAAGGCAAAGCAAGUUUAUUUAAAGAGCACAAUUUACAGUGUGCACGAGGUCAUUCAAAGUGCUCCACAGAGAAGAACGCAAAGAUCAUUCCAUAAAACAUAAACUCACCCUAAAAUCAUUCCAUAAAACAUAAACUCACCCUAAAAUCAUUCAAUAAAACAUAAACUCACCCUAAAGUCAUUCCAUAAUACAUAAACUCACCCUAAAAUCAUUCCAUAAAACAUAAACUCACCCUAAAGUCAGUCAAUAAAACAUAAACUCACCCUAAAGUCAUUCCAUAAUACAUAAAAUCAUUCCAUAAAACAUAAACUCACCCUAAAGUCAUUCCAUAAUACAUAAAAUCAUUCUAAAAUCAUUCCAUAAAACAUAAACUCACCCUAAAAUCAUUCAAUAAAACAAACUCACCCUAAAAUCAUUCCAUAAAACAUAAACUCACCCUAAAGUCAUUCAAUAAAACAUAAACUCACCCUAAAGUCAUUUCAUAAUACAUAAAAUCAUUCUAAAAUCAUUCCAUAAAACAUAAACUCACCCUAAAAUCAUUCCAUAAAACAUAAACUCACCCUAAAGUCAUUCCAUAAUACAUAAAAUCAUUCCAUAAAACAUAAACUCACCCUAAAGUCAUUCAAUAAAACAUAAACUCACCCUAAAGUCAUUCCAUAAUACAUAAAAUCAUUCUAAAAUCAUUCCAUAAAACAUAAACUCACCCUAAAAUCAUUCAAUAAAACAUAAACUCACCCUAAAAUCAUUCCAUAAAACAUAAACUCACCCUAAAGUCAUUCAAUAAAACAUAAACUCACCCUAAAGUAAUUUCAUAAUACAUAAAAUCAUUCUAAAAUCAUUCCAUAAAACAUAAACACCCUAAAAUCAUUCCAUAAUACAUUAAAUCAUUCUAAAAUCAUUUCAUAAAACAUAAACUCACCCUAAAAUCAUUCCAUAAAACAUAAACUCACCCUAAAGUCAUUCAAUAAAACAUAAACUCACCCUAAAGUCAUUCCAUAAUACAUAAAAUCAUUCUAAAAUCAUUCCAUAAAACAUAAACUCACCCUAAAGUCAUUCCAUAAUACAUAAAAUCAUUCCAUAAAACAUAAACUCACCCCAAAAUCAUUCCAUAAAACAUAAACUCACCCUAAAGUCAUUCAAUAAAACAUAAACUCACCCUAAAGUCAUUCCAUAAUACAUAAAAUCAUUCCAUAAAACAUAAACUCACCCUAAAGUCAUUCCAUAAUACAUAAAAUCAUUCUAAAAUCAUUCCAUAAAACAUAAACUCACCCUAAAGUCAUUCCAUAAUACAUAAAAUCAUUCCAUAAAACAUAAACUCACCCCAAAAUCAUUCCAUAAAACAUAAACUCACCCUAAAGUCAUUCAAUAAAACAUAAACUCACCCUAAAGUUAUUCCAUAAUACAUAAAAUCAUUCCAUAAAACAUAAACUCACUCUAAAGUCAUUCAAUAAAACAUAAACUCACCCUAAAGUCAUUCCAUAAUACAUAAAAUCAUUCUAAAAUCAUUCCAUAAAACAUAAACUCACCCUAAAGUCAUUCAAUAAAACAUAAACUCACCCUAAAAUCAUUCCAUAAAACAUAAACUCACCCUAAAGUCAUUCAAUAAAACAUAAACUCACCCUAAAGUCAUUCCAUAAAACAAACUCACCCUAAAGUCAUUCCAUCAUACAUAAAAUCAUUCUAAAAUCAUUCAAUAAAAACAUCAAAUCAUUCAAAAAUUAUUUCAUAAACCUUACAAUCAUUUUAAAAUCAUUGCAUAAAACAGGAAAUCACUCUUAGAAUAAUUCCAUCAAACAUAAAAUCAUUGCAUAAAACAUGUUGAACUGAUGGUUGGCAUUUGCUUGGUGCCAGGACAUCCCGGUUCCUCGCCUUCCACCCGUUGCCAGGCGGCCUGUCUUAUCCUGCGUACCUGCGCUGUCUGGCUUAGUUAGCUCGUUUGCGAGUAUCUCCCUGCUUGGCUCCUUCCAGCAGCGCCCUCGUUUUUGUGCCCACCGCUCAUGUUACAUAUUGAGCAGUGCUUUUGGUUCCACGGGUGUGUACGGUUUCUCCAGCAGCCUUUCGCUAGCAGUGAUUUCUUCUGUGGCCUUUCUCUGUAUUUGUAUCGUUUGGACUUUGUACCUAUUUUUGUGUCUAUUUUUUACAUCUUUUUCCUCUACAGAGGUCACCUUUUGUAAAUACUUGAACAAUAUCUUAUUCUGUGUGCCUGUCUGCAUCUUGGUGUCCAGACCUCGUGCACAGCAGUUCGUGACAUCAAGGUCAUCAUGAAAUAAAAGCAUAGAGUGCAGACGAGAACAAAGUUCCUCCUGGAAGACUUAUUAAAGAUGUUCAAGUGAAA